AUGGUUUUCAGAUCUCCUUUAGAGCUCUAUCCCUCCCAUUUCUUCCUGCCCAACUUCGCUGAUCGGCCCUUGCUCGUGGCGAGCAGCGCGCCCAGCGCCCGGUCUCCCGAAGACUUGUCCAUGUUUCAGCUACCGACCCUCAACUUCUCCGCGGAGCAGGUGGCGAGCGUCUGCGAGACGCUUGAGGAGACCGGAGACAUCGAGCGACUCGGUCGCUUUCUGUGGUCGCUGCCGGUGGCACCGGGCGCAUGCGAGGCUAUUAACAAACACGAGUCGAUCCUGCGCGCCCGCGCUGUCGUCGCCUUCCAUACGGGCAACUUCCGAGAUCUCUAUCAUAUCCUGGAAAACCACAAGUUCACGAAGGACUCGCACGGCAAACUGCAGGCCAUGUGGCUCGAGGCUCACUACCAGGAGGCCGAGAAGCUGCGGGGGCGCCCGCUCGGACCAGUCGAUAAGUACAGAGUGCGCAAGAAGUUCCCGCUGCCCAGAACCAUCUGGGACGGUGAACAGAAGACGCACUGUUUCAAGGAACGGACGCGCAGUCUGUUGCGGGAGUGGUACCUUCAGGACCCGUAUCCCAACCCCAGCAAGAAACGAGAACUGGCGCAGGCCACUGGACUCACUCCUACACAGGUCGGAAACUGGUUUAAAAACCGGAGGCAAAGAGACAGAGCUGCGGCAGCAAAAAACAGGCUCCAGCACCAAGCCAUAGGACAGAACGGCAUGCGCUCUCUAUCUGAAUGCACUCCGCAUAGCUCGGCUGAGUCGCCGUGUACCGCCGCCAGUCCCACCACCAGCGUGUCGAGCGUGACGGAGCGCGCCGACAUGGCCACGUCCAUCCUCUCCGUAACGUCCAGUGACUCUGAAUGCGACGUAUGA